CACUGCGCCUGCGCCCCGCCGCGCACCGGCCUCAUGCGCUUCCCCGCCGAGCCGGCUGGCAGCCGAGCGGCGCGCGCUCCGUCCCUCCGCCCGCCCUCCGCGCGCCGCCCCGCGGGCACAGCGAGGCAGAUGAAGUACAUCCUGGUCACGGGCGGGGUGAUCUCGGGCAUCGGCAAGGGGAUCAUCGCCAGUAGCAUCGGCACCAUCCUCAAGUCCUGCGGGCUGCAUGCCACCUCCAUCAAGAUCGACCCCUACAUCAACAUCGACGCUGGCACCUUCUCCCCGUACGAGCACGGGGAGGUGUUUGUGCUGGAUGAUGGUGGGGAGGUGGACCUGGACCUCGGUAACUACGAGCGCUUCCUCGACAUCCGACUCACCAAAGACAACAACCUGACCACUGGGAAGAUCUACCAGUAUGUCAUCAACAAGGAGCGGAAGGGAGACUAUCUAGGCAAAACUGUCCAAGUUGUUCCCCACAUCACUGAUGCGAUACAAGAAUGGGUAAUGCGGCAGGCACAAAUUCCUGUAGAUGAAGAUGGCAUUGAACCCCAAGUUUGUGUGAUUGAGCUUGGGGGGACAGUAGGCGAUAUUGAAAGCAUGCCUUUCAUUGAAGCUUUCCGCCAGUUCCAGUUCAAAGCUAAAAGAGAGAAUUUUUGUAACAUUCAUGUCAGUCUAGUUCCCCAGCCAAGCUCUACAGGAGAGCAGAAGACUAAACCCACCCAAAACAGUGUUCGUGAACUCAGAGGUCUUGGUCUCUCACCAGAUCUGAUUGUUUGCAGGUGCUCCACUCCACUGGAUACCUCAGUAAAAGAAAAGAUUUCCAUGUUCUGUCAUGUUGAACCAGAACAGGUCAUCUGUGUUCAUGAUGUCUCCUCUAUCUACCGAGUUCCUCUGCUGUUAGAGGAGCAGGGAGUUGUCGACUACUUCAGACACAGGCUUGACCUUCCCAUUGAGAGGCAGCCCAGGAGGAUGCUCAUGAAGUGGAAGGAAAUGGCUGACAGGUAUGACCGUCUCCUUGAAACAUGCUCCAUUGCACUUGUUGGCAAAUACACCAAGUUUUCAGACUCCUACGCAUCGGUCAUUAAAGCACUGGAGCAUUCUGCACUGGCCAUCAACCACAAACUUGACAUUAAGUAUAUUGACUCUGCUGACUUGGAGCCAGAUACUCUGCAGGAAGAACCUGUCCGAUACCAUGAAGCAUGGCAGAAGCUGUGUGGUGCUGACGGAGUUCUGGUUCCUGGUGGAUUUGGUGUUCGAGGGACUGAAGGCAAAAUUCAAGCUAUUUCCUGGGCAAGAAAACAGAAAAAGCCCUUCUUAGGAGUUUGUCUGGGAAUGCAGUUAGCAGUUGUGGAGUUUGCACGCAGUGUUCUUGGUUGGCAAGAUGCUAACUCGACAGAAUUUGACCCCAAAACUUCUCAUCCAGUGGUCAUAGACAUGCCGGAACAUAAUCCUGGGCAAAUGGGCGGGACCAUGAGGCUUGGCAAGAGAAGAACACUCUUCCAAACCAAGAACUCAAUCAUGAGGAAGCUGUACGGAGAUCAUGAUUUCUUGGAAGAGAGACAUAGACACAGAUUUGAGGUCAAUCCAGAAUUGAAAAAGUGUUUUGAAGAGCAAGGUUUGAAGUUUGUAGGCCAGGAUGAGGAGGGGGAGCGAAUGGAAGUGAUUGAGUUGGAAGAGCAUCCUUUCUUUGUUGGUGUUCAGUACCACCCUGAAUUCCUCUCUAGACCAAUUAAGCCAUCUCCCCCAUACUUCGGCCUCCUCUUGGCGUCUGCAGGAAGACUCACUCAUUAUCUACAAAAGGGCUGCAGGCUCUCACCCAGGGACACCUACAGCGACAGGAGUGGCAGCAGCUCACCUGAUUUGGAGAUAACAGAGUUGAAGUUUCCAUCAGUAAAUCACGACUGAUUCCUGAUGGGUCUUUGCUGAAGAGAAGAGUCUUCAUUAGACUUUCCAGGCGUUCUUACAGCAAUAGCUUGAACACCGUCAGCUUUGGGCUUUAAGUUAUGGUUUUAUAAUUUUCGUUAUGAAAUCCUGUCCCUUUAUUUCCUCAACUCUUCUGUCCUUUGUUUAUUUUCUGUGUAGAUUCUGUUUAGUUCUGGAGGAGAGCUCAUCACAGCACCCGCACCUGUACACUUUCUUCAGUUAGCACCAUCUUGGAGGCAAAAAAAAGGCAAUUUCGGGUAUGGGAUUGGACGUGCUGGGGAGAGAAUGUGGGUGCGCGCUCCUUCCUAACGCACGGCAACGCUGGCAUCAGUUUGUAUCUUGGACACUGGCAGUGGGUUGCUUUCUCCAGCCUGUCUGCUCCCUCUCAGCGUUUUUUUUACUUACUGGUGAAAUGACAUGGAUGAACUGGAUUCUGGGGGCUCCCUCGGUUCCUGAGCUGUGCUGCAGAGGAUGAGUCUGUGCAGCUUUAUGCAGCCUGUUUUGGUUUUUUUUUUGUUUCUUUUUUUUGGGUGUGUAUGUUUUUGUUCUGUUUUAUUUCAAUAGUAUUUAAAAACAUUUGGCACUGGUGGGCUUGGUGCAUUCAUUGCCAGCAAUGAACUUUUAACCAGGAAAAUCUUCCUGGAAUAGAAGAGUUAAUUGGGAACACGAUCAGCUCUCCCUGCGGUACGGCACCCUGCAGGGAUGCGAUUAACUUCGAUCGUGGGGUGGGAGGGGAGGAGAAGCAAAGCUGCCAGGAGAGCCCAUUGCUGCCUGAGACGAGGCGUUACCCUUAGCCCUUCCUAUGCCGGCGUUUGCUGGUGCUGCUUCUUGGGCUGGGAAACUUCAACUCCUUGCAUCAAGGGGGAGGUACAGAAAAGACAGUGAACUACUUUCAGCUGCUGCCUUUUAAAAGCUCCUGUUGUGAUUUGCCUUGGACCGAACAGUUCAUGGUGCUUUUCUUUUUUCAUUUCUGGGAAGCGGAGCCUUCCGUUGCCUUUUCUGACACGGCGGAGCCGCGCGUCCCGCGCUCGCUGCCGUGCACGUGUGCCGCUCCUGCGGGAGGGGCCGCGCAACUCGCCCGCGGCGUUACUCGGCUCAGCCUGUAGACGCGCGCUGUCCCAGCGUGCGCUCGGCUUCGCGCUCCUGGGGUGGGAAAUGCACUCGCCUUUUUCUUCCUCCUGCCCCUUGCUGCAGCGUGAGCGACAGUUCUUGGUCUUUGGUGACUCAGAAAUAAGGACGAAGGUGUGUCAGUCUGCAGUGUUGUAUGGUCGGAGCUCUUUUACAUUAAAGUUUGGGAGAAGCUGCGUGUCUCGAGCCUGGCUGAAUGCUAACUCCGGGCCGUCUGACGCCAGACUGGAUUAAGCACUGUCCUGUCUCAACUGAAGCCAUCUUUUCCACAGCCCAUCUUGCUUUAUUCCUCAAUUAUUUAAAAUAUAGGCUGUAAAGCUGCUUUUAGCCCAGAAAGCUUUGAGCGUUCUUUGUGUGUGCCAAUUAUAACAAAUGCAAAUACGACCAGCCGAGUCGAACUCUGCCGAACUCCUGGCCAUGGAAUGGCUGGUCCUCUGGGGGUGGGAGGUCAGUCCUUACCUGUAGCACCACUUUGUUUUCUUUCUCCAGAAAUGUUUGGCCAAAACUACAACUGACUUGGUCAUGAAAUGCUUAUUUGUAAUAAAACAAAUAACUAUCCAGGA